AUGCUGACGACACUUACUAUCGCAGCCGGUAUCUUUCCUGAAGCGGAGGAUCUGGCUCCUAUUCAUGUUUUGGCGAUGGACACAAGGGAUCGCGAUGGUGGCGGACGGAUGAGGAAAGAUAAAACUGGAAGCAUUUUGACAAAGCCCGAGAAGAAGGAUGCAGCUAGCCAUUGA